AUCGAUUUGAUUGCUUGACUUUUUGAUUGAGCUGUACCUAUGUGUUGGAUCGGAAAUCUUUGAAUUUUAAUGGUCUUCUGAUCUGAAAACUUUCUGUGCAGUUAAUGAUCGCUGAUUAUUAUUAACUAGUUUUAGUUUUUAUUUUAUCUUAUUUUAUGAUGAUUGAAGGUCGAGCAAAUGAAUUGCCGGACUUCCAGGUCUUUCAAACGGUAAUUAAAUACUGCGUCGUGAUUAUUGUUUUACCAGUGCUUGCAUUUUUCUCGUCAAAAAUAGUUUUUGAUGGACUACAGUUAGCACCUGUUACCAGCAGUGUUUAUUCUGCUGUUGUUGCGGUUCUGGUAUUACAUUUCGCUCUAGGCUUAUAUAUUUACCGGGCAUAUGCAGAAGCCGAGCCUUCAAAGGCGACCAAAAAGGAUUAA